GGCUUCGAUUUCUUAUCAUGCUUCCCUGAAUGCAUUUCCCAAGUCGCUGAUACAACAAAUUUGUGUAUCAACAAUACACCCAAUUCUGCCCCAUGCUCCGAAAAACCGUUAACGGGGCCCGCUCUAGCCGUUGGUCUUCAUGACCUCAACCUUCUCCCCGGAGCUCGCAAAAUCGCAGCACUACCCUCAUCACCAUCUCCGAAAUCUCUGUGUUUUUAAUUUUCAAACCCUAACCCUAACCCUAAUCCUAAUCCUAGUCGUACCCAUAACCAUAAUCUCCAUUUAUAACUACUGAUUCUUUGCCUCACCGGAUCCUACUCAAUCUCUCCGCGGGACAAACGACCCGAUGGAGGUUUCUUAGGAAUGAGAGUAUUUCAUCACGAUUCUAUGUUUAAAUCGGUGGGUUUGAUUAGGAACAUAAGCGGGAUUUGAUUGGGGUGAGGAUGUCGAACUUGUACGGCGAUUACAAUCAGAAGAUCGAUUACGUGUUCAAGAUAGUGUUGAUCGGAGACUCGGCGGUGGGGAAAUCUCAGCUCCUGGCGCGGUUCGCGAGGAACGAAUUCAAUGUGGAUUCGAAAGCUACCAUUGGGGUCGAGUUCCAGACGAAAACUCUUGCUGUUGAUCAGAAGACAGUGAAAGCGCAGAUUUGGGAUACUGCGGGGCAGGAAAGGUAUCGGGCAGUGACGAGUGCAUACUACCGUGGUGCAGUUGGGGCAAUGCUAGUCUAUGAUCUGACUAAGCGUCAAUCGUUUGAUCACAUGGCAAGGUGGCUGGAGGAACUGAGGGGGCACGCUGACAAGAACAUAGUAAUCAUGCUUGUUGGCAAUAAAUCUGACUUGGGUUCUCUUCGAGCAGUGCCAAUGGAGGAUGCUGAAGAGUUUGCCCAAAGAGAAAACCUAUUCUUUAUGGAGACCUCAGCUUUAGAGGCCACCAAUGUCGAAACUGCAUUCCUGACUGUUCUAACAAAUAUAUACCGAAUCAUCAGCAAGAAGAGUCUAGCUGCCGGAGAUGAGUCAGGAUCUGGUGGGAGUUCCACAGUUCUCACCGGAACCAGGAUUCUAGUUCCUAAUGAUGCCGACUCUGGUGGAAGAAGGGGCUGUUGCAUGUCUUCAUAAUCUUCGCUUUCCUCUUUUGUCCUGAGAAUAUGUUGUUCAUUCAAACUCCAUUUGUUUUAGAAAGGAAAACAGCAUCUUGUAAAAAUAGUGAACAGUUAAUUAUUAAUGCAGUGUGAAUCUGCAAGUUCGUUGGCA